UGUCGAAACCCCCGCGGAGUGUCUCUCAUCGGCGGCGCGCACUAAUAAGUGAAUUUAAAGAAAACCCUGGCUCUUUUAUCGAUGAAAUGAUAUGCUGGAGUUUAUUUUGUAUCAUUGAAGAAGAAAGUGGAGGCACUGCGAAAAGAAAUUCCGAGUUUUAUUGUCUCGAGGUGCAUUUGUGUUUUCGCUCGUAGUUGGAAAACAUCGACUUCCGACAGGUUUAACGAAAUGUCGACGAAGCUUUGGUUUUUAGUGGUGUUUUGGAGCACAACAGCCUCCUUCGCCCAGGAAUGUGGCCGCCCGCCUCUAACGGAGAACAGGAUCGUUGGGGGAGUGAGCGCCCAGGAAGGAGCCUGGCCCUGGCAGGUGGAUAUCCAGACGGAGAAGGGUCAUGUCUGCGGAGGCUCCAUCAUCUCGGAGAACUGGGUCCUGUCUGCCGCACACUGUUUCCCCAAUCCCAAUGACGUGCGCUCGUACGUCAUCUACGCCGGCCGGCACCAGCUGAAUGGCUUCAACCCUCACGAGUCGUCGCACUUCGUGAGCCAGGUGGUGGUUCCGUCAGGCUACAACGAGCCACACGGCGGCAAAGACGUGGCGCUGGUGCGGCUGUCCAGCCCGGUGCAGUGGUCAAAUCACAUCCGUCCCGUGUGCCUGCCCAGCUCCGGCAUCCUGUUCUCUGCUGACAUGACGUGCUACGUCACCGGAUGGGGGGACAUCCGGGAGAACGUCCCACUUCCAGGAGCUGGAACUCUGCAGGAAGUACAGGUGCCAAUCAUCUCCCAGAGUUUAUGUCAGGAGAUGUACCGAACAGACCCGUCGGAGCAGGUCGACAUCCUGUAUGACAUGAUCUGCGCAGGAUACCAGGAGGGCGGCAGAGACGCCUGCCAGGGGGAUUCUGGGGGGCCCCUGGUCUGCCAGAUGGUAAACGGGACCUGGGUCCAGGCUGGGGUGGUGAGUUUUGGGCUGGGCUGUGCUAACCGGAACAAACCGGGCGUCUACGCCAGACUGACCGUCUUCUCGGAUUUCAUCAAGAGCACAGUGCCGACGAUCCGACUGCACGGCCGAGCCCAUCAGAACUGGUGCACGAGCACGGCCGUGUUCCUGAGCUUUCUGUCCUUUCUGCUGAUGAUGAACUCAUGAAAACUGGCUUUCUGGACGUACAACAUGUCAAACUCUGCGUUAGUGAGCUAAAGUGUAAAGUGUCCUCAACAGUCACUAUAGAAAUCUGUUAGCUGUAUCCAUAAAGCACUUGAAGCCAUAUGAAGUGAAAUCUUAAUGUUUUAAGGAUACCUCUGCGUUAUGAGAUUUGAUCAAAAUAGUUUUGAUAGAUUUUGUAUUUUAAAUCACGAACAAAGCAUACGCUAAUGCCUUUUGUAUUUCAAAUAAAUUGUUACAUUAAUCCUUAAAA